AAAGACAUUCCCCUGAAGAGGAGCAGAACAGUCCUCAAGCCCUGCCUGCGCUAGGGAAAGGACAGCCAGCCACGCCACUUGCUUCAGCCUAAACCCACCCCCAGCUCCAGAGAGACACUGGCGGGUGGACUGGUUUUCCAGAGGCAGCAUGGACAUCAAGGAGUAUUUCGACAGAAUUUCUUACCAGGGCUCCUAUGAUAAACCGGACCUGGCCACCUUGACAGAUAUAUUCCAGCACCACAUCCGAGCAGUCCCCUUUGAAAACCUCAGCAUCCACUGUGGGGAAAGCAUUGAGCUGGACCUGGAAGCGACUUACAAGAAGAUAGUGAGGAAGAGACGUGGGGGCUGGUGCAUGGAAAACAAUCACCUUUUAUCUUGGGUCUUAAAAACCCUCGGCUACAAUGUCACCCUUCUGGGAUCAAGAGUUUAUGUCCCAGAGUACGAUGCAUAUGCGGAAGAAAUCGAUCACCUGCUGUUAAAAGUGGUGCUUGACGACAAAUCCUACAUUGUGGAUGGUGGGUUUGGGAUGGCCUACCAGAUGUGGCAGCCAAUGGAGCUGGUUUCAGGGACAGACCAGCCGCAGAUUCCGGGGGUGUUUCGCUUCCUGGAGGACAGUGGAGUCUGGUACCUUGAGAAGGUGAAAAGGAAGCAGUGGGUUCCCAACCAAAGUGUCUCCACUUCCCAUAAUGUAGAAAAAGAAGUUUGCCGGCGAGUUUAUCUCUUUACCCUUCAGCCACGAGACAUUGAAGAGUUCAGAGCUAGCAAUACCCACUUGCAGACAGCACCAGACUCUCUGUUUGUGAUGAAGUCUAUCUGUAGCCUGCAAACCUCCAACGGUGUCUGGGCUCUGGUGGGGUGGAAACUCACUGAGAUAAAGUACAAUUACAAGGAUAAUAUGGAUCUGAUGGAAAUUAGAAUCCUUGCAGAUGAAGAAAUGGAAAAAACACUGAAGGAGAAAUUCAAUAUAACACUAGACAACAAAUUUGUACCCAUCAAUACAAGCAGAUUGUCUCUGUUUUAACUCACUGCCUGAAUUAUAAUUCAAUCCAGCGGCAUUACAUGCAAUCCUUCCCCCUGUUUCUGACAAGCAUCUAAAGGUUAAGCUUUCUCUUUCCAUCUACACUAGUGUAAGGCAGAAUGUAUUAGCAUGAAUCUGGAAAAGAAAUUGAUUUUCACAACUGCUACUGCAUCUCUUUUUGGUUUGGGUACAAAUAAUUUCUUCCUAGCUCAAUCAAAUCACUCCCCUUCCAUUUGUGCUUAGCUGGAAGCACACUCUGCUCAUUCCCCACUCCUUUCAUCUCUUAAAAGCUUUUCCAAAUACAUCCAGAGUAGCAAGGCAGAAGGAUGGAGCUGUAUGUCUUUUUCUUUAUUACUUUGUGCUGCCACCUGGGGAAAAUCAUAUCCACCUCUUAAAUGAAUAUCAUAUUAUUUUUGGAAUUUAAUAGCCAGAAAAACAAAGACAUCCAGUGCCAAGUUUGCUACAGUAAUCCAUAACCCUGGCCUUUUUGCUCUUGCAUUCACAACACUUUCUCAGGUGGGCAGCUGGGCAGUCCCAUCUCUGUGCAGCACUGUGCAAAUGCUCAUGGACUGGCUAUUCAUGAUCUAAAUAUCAUGAUGAGAAAUAUUAGAGCAUUUUUAGUCUGUCUUGUUUCAGACUGUACAGAACUCCCGUUCUUUCAGUGGCAUAACCAAACAGAGUAUUUCUUUGAACUGGAAGCAUCUCCCAUCUACUCAGCAUGUUUCUGCCCAUCAGCGAACUGCUGGGAAUACAUGCUCAUCUUGCAAGAUCCAUAUCAAGUGAUAUUGCACAUUAAUUAUCAUGGCUGAACUCAAAAACAUGCACAGAAUUAUUUUUCUGAAAUUUAUCUGUUCUACCGAAGGAUGUGUUUGCAGUGAUACUAAUUAUAUUGAUAUAAGGAGAAAGGAUGAAUCUUAAUCAGAUACCUAAAGGCUAAGAUUUUUAGCAUGAGCAAUUACUCAAAUGUAAUCACUUUGCCCUUUGAGAUGAUGCUUGAUGUUCCUUUAUGUACAAAUCAUGGAAGCAUUACAACUAUGCAUUUAUAAUUAAGUAAAUUAUAUAAGUGAAUUACAAUUAAAUAAAAAAUCAAGAAUAUUGGAGUAGUAUUCAGCUAGUUUUCCCCAAAUUACAACAUGUAUCACCAAAGUAAAAAAGUCUAUUAAUCACUACGGUUGUCUUGAUUAUUUGUAUGUGCUAAUAUUUUGCAGCUAAGACUUUUAAAAAUGCAGUAACUCACUGGCCCUUUUUCAUUUGUUAUGUAAUAUGUGCAGCUUUCUAUAACCAGCAAUUUAUAGUUAAUAAAAGCUAUUCUGCACAAUCAC